GGUCCGUGCUAAUCUGCGCGUCUUCUGUCUGUUUCUCUCUCCCAGCUCACAUAGCCACGAGCAGAGCACCCCCUCCCGCUCGACUCUCUCUCAUCACCAUUCACCGUGGCCUAACUCCAUUGGCGUCCGCACUGAGCGGAUGCUGAGUCCUGCUUCGCCUUCUCCUUCGCCGCCGCCCUGAUCUUCUUCCUCCCGCCGUUGCUCGCCCCGUUCUCCGACGGGAGUGAGCUCACCGCCGACGAAGUUUUCGAAGAGGUUUGAGUUUCGAGCUUCUGGAGUGUGGAUGCCUCGGCGUCGAGAUUCGUUCUAGAGGUCCUCGCGGUUUGAGCUCUUGAGGAGGAGGAGGAGAAAGAUGUUUGGAAUCUCGCGCCGGAGGAUGAAGCUCGGGAGGGUCAAGAAGGUGCAGCUUUCAGACUCGACGCAGGGUACUAGAAGUCCUAUGAAGCACAUAAAACGCGUAAACAAUCAAAAUAAUGAAGGUGCCGUGCCUGCCAGUGAUCGUUCCAAUGAAGAUGAUUUGCAGAGUCCUUCCUCUGCCCCCGAGAUUAGUAGCUAUAUAUCUGGAAGCUCUGAGAAUUGGAUGGGUUUAGCAGUAGCAGGGGAGACGCCAACACCACGCUUCAAUCAUGCGGCAACAGUAAUUGAGAACAAGAUGAUUGUGGUAGGUGGUGAAUCUGGAAAUGGCCUCCUAGAUGAUGUUCAGGUACUUAAUUUUGACAGAAUUUCAUGGACGGCGGCUUCUUCAAAACUUUACCUGUCACCAAGCAGUCUCCCUUUAAAAAUUCCUGCAUGUCGCGGUCAUUCUCUGGUUUCUUGGGGGAAAAAGGUGCUACUAAUUGGAGGGAAAACUGAACCAGGGACUGAUAGAUUGUCAGUGUGGGUGUUCGACACUGAAAUGGAGUGCUGGUCUCUGAUGGAAGCUAAAGGGGAUGUACCGGUUUCUCGUAGUGGUCAUUCUGUGGUCAGAGCAAAUUCUGUUUUAAUCCUCUUCGGGGGUGAAGACGCUAAAAGGAGAAAGCUAAACGAUCUACAUAUGUUUGAUUUGAAAUCAUUGACAUGGCUUCCUUUACAUUGCACGGGUUCAGGGCCAUCUCCAAGAUCCAAUCAUGUUGCUACUCUCUAUGAAGAUAAAAAGAUUUUUAUCUUUGGAGGAUCAUCAAAAUCCAAAACAUUGAAUGACAUGUAUUCAUUAAACUUUGAAACGAUGAUUUGGUCAAGAAUCAAGAUUCGAGGCUUCCAUCCAUCACCAAGAGCUGGUUGCUGUGGAGUUUUGUGUGGAACCAAAUGGUACAUUGCUGGGGGUGGGAGCAAGAAGAAAAGACAUUUAGAAACGGUCGUCUUUGAUGCGUUAAAAGAGGAGUGGUCUGUAGCUGUUGCAUCACCACCAUCUUCCAUUGCCACCAACAAGGGGUUCAGCCUCGUGCUUGUACAGCACAAGGAAAAAGAUUUUCUUGUGGCUUUUGGGGGGACCAAGAAAGAGCCAUCAAAUCAGGUUGAGGUACUAGCUGUGGAAACGAAUGAGAGCACAAUUGACAGAAGACCUGUUGCCAAAAAAGCCGCUGGACCACUGUUUGGGAGACGAUCUUCUUCUAAAGGUGUGGUUACUCAACUAAGCAAUGGUUCUUCACAGCAUUCAGUUGAUUCAGUUGCUCGACAAAGUCUAGCAUCUACCAUUGAGCAGCAUGGUUCAGGCAGGAAGUCAUUGUCGGAGUCCACACUCACUGAUCCAAAUCCAUCUUCUGGCAAUGUCUCACUUCGGAAACAGUUUAGUAAUGAAGAAAAAUAUAGCAGGACUCUAAGGCUAGCUAAGCGUCUUGAAGAUGAAGGUUCGUCGUUGCAGGCAGCAGAGCACAUGAAAAACCAUUUUGAUACUGUCCAAACCAACUCCAAUGGAUGUAAAAGCAUUGGGGAAGAAACAGCGUUGGCAUUUGAAGAUGAAGACCAUAGUCCCCACAACAAUGGGAAUGAGAGCCUUCUGGUCAACAAUGAUGACUUAGUGUUAGCAGAAACUAAUUGCAAGGUUGGAGCACCUGCCUCUACUUCAGGCAUACACCAGUUCUAUGAAACAAAAAUAGCCUCCCUUAUCAGAAAAAAUGGUACAUUGGAAGGACAGUUGGCAGCUGCACUAGCAAACCAAGAAGCUACAGAGAAAAGCUUCUCCUCUGUUCUCAAGUCCAAACAGGAGAUGGAGAAGAAAUUGGCUGACACUCUGAAGGAGAUGGAGAUGCUGAAGGAAAAGCUGGCUGAUAUAGAGCUUACUCAGGAAGAAGCAAACAGUUUAUCCAAUAUUGUCCACUCUGACAAUGUUAGGCUUGAACAUGAUGUAGCCUUUCUCAAGGCCGUUUUGGAUGACACGCAAAAGGAGUUGCACUCAACUAGAGGAGUCCUUGCGGGAGAAAGAGCUAGGACUUUCCAGCUUCAGGUUGAGGUUUUCCAUCUCAAGCAGAGGUUGCAAUCCAUGGAAAAUAGAGCGCCCACCCCGAGGAAACCUUUUCAUGUUUAGCACAGCACAGGAUCCUUCAGAAUAAUGAACAAGUUCUCGGUGGUAUCAAGAUGGGCGUGACCCUUGCCGAUCUAUACUCACUUUGACCGCAAAGUCUCUUGCGUGGGAAGGCAGUGGGGAACGAGUAUGAACAUCAGGCGAAGGACCGCCACGUAAGACAAAUACUGUGAUGUAUGCGUUCUUUUGUAUAUACAAGUCAAACGGUUGCAGCCUAUUAGGUAAUAACUUGUGGUACAUCGUCAAUCAAGUCAUCUAGUAGGUAAUUAGCGUGGAUCUGGCUAAUCCUAGUGCAGUAUAACAAACUGUAAUGUUUACGUGAAUAUGUAAAAUUAUUCAUAUGCACGCGGCAGUCAGCAAGAAUCAAAUUUUAGUUGUAUUCGACGAUAAAUACCGUGAAAUCAAGCCGUUGGUACUUGAAGCA